AUGACCCAAAGGGACAUUGUUCUGUGCCUGGACGCCGUCCGCGACGCCGCCGGCCGCGACCUCCUCGUUUCGGGCUCCAAGGACGCCGAGGCGCGCGCCUGGGACGCCGCGACCGGCGCCUGCCUGGGCGUCGCCGCCGGCCACGUCAGCGCCGUCACCGCGGUCGCGCUGGCGCGCAGGGCCAAGGGGGGCGUCAUGGUCACGGCCGGUGCGGACAAGCUGCUCAAGGCGUGGGAUAUGGCGCCGGUGGCGGCGGCGGCCGCGGACUGGGGCGCGAUCGCAGCCUCUGGCCCGGUCCAGCUGCGCACGCUGUCGGCGGUGGCGGCGCACGACAAGGAAAUCAACGCGGACCGCACCAUCAAGCUGUGGACCCUGCCGACGCUUGUCGCGGGCUUGACGCUGCGCGGCCACAAGCGCGGCGUGUGGGCCGUGGCGUUCAGCCCAGUAGACCAGGUGCUGCUGAGCGCCAGCGGCGACAAGACCCUCAAGCUCUGGAGCCUCAAGGACGGCGCGUGCCUGCGCACCUUUGAGGGCCACGGCGCCGGCGUGCUGCGCUGCCGCUUCGCGACGGCCGGCCUGCAGGCGCUCUCGACCGGUGCCGACGGCCUGCUGAAACUGUGGUCGCUGCGCACUGGAGAGUGCGCCAAUACGUUUGACGGCCACGACGACAGGGCCUGGGCGCUGGCGGCGGGUGGCAAGCACGAGGCGCUGCUCGCCACUGGCGGCGCGGAUGCGCGCGUGGUGAUCUGGGAGGACAGCACCGCGGCGGACGCGGCGGCGGCCGCCGGCGAGCAGGAGCAGCUGGCGCAGCGCGAGCAAGACCUGGAGAACGCACUCAUGGACAAGGAUUACGCCGAGGCGGCCCGCCUGGCGUUCGAGCUGCGCCACCCCGGCCGCCUGCUGGGCGUGCUGCGCGCGCUGGGCGCGGCCGGCGCGGGGCCGGCGGCGCAGCAGAUCUGGAACACCAACGCGCGCAACUGCCACGUGGCCCAGGCCAUGCUGCGCGCGCUGCUGUCGUCGCGCGCCCCGCAGGAGCUGCUCGCGGUGCCGGGGGCUCGCGAGCUAUUUGACGGCCUCCUGGCCUACAGCGAGCGCCACGCGGCGCGCAUGGACCGCCUGCUGCGCGCCUCGUACCUGCUCGAUUACACCCUGGCAGCCUCUGGCGUGCUGCUGCCCGGGGAGGGCGACGCGGACGGUGGUGGAGGCAAGGCGGGCGGCGACGAGGCGGGCCGCGGCGGCGACGGCGGUGGGAGCGACGACGAGGACGGAGGGGGGGAGCUGGCGGCGUUCGGCGGGGCGGCGGCGCGGCAGCCCAAUGGAGACCCGUCGCGUGGCGCAGCCGGCCGCAGCGGCGACGACUUGUCGGACGACUUUGCUGGUUGGGCCAACGGCAACGGCAACGGCGCCAGCGGCAGCGGCAGCGAAGAGGGCGACAGCAGCGGCGAAGACGAUGAUGCCGGCGGCUCGCAGGGCGCGGGCGCUGAGAGCAGCAGCGAAGAAGAGGAAGAGGAGGAGGGACAGGGGGCCUCUGACGAUGGUGGUGAGCUGGCUGAGGCUGGCCACAGCAGCGGCGGCGGCAGCAGCAGCAGCGGCGACCAGGAAGAGGAGGGUGAAGAGGACGGGGAGGAAGGCGAGGAGACGGCGGCUGCGGCGGGGUCCAGCGACGGGGACGAGCCGGAGGGUGGACUUGAGGAGAGCAGUGGAGACGGAGGUGAGGAGGAUGAUGAGCAAGGGGCCGAGGACGGCGAAGGAGAAUAUGAGGAAACGGCGGAGAAGCAGCAGGAGCAGCGGCCGUCGCGAAAGGGGCGUCACUCGCCGGCGCUGCAGCAGCGUGGCCGGCGGAAGCAGCAGCUCGAGGCGCCCUCGCGGGCGGCCGCCGGGAAGCGGCGGGGGGCCGCGGCGUCGGCCGCCGCGGCCCCGGCGAAGCGGGCGCGGGCGGCGCCCGCCGCGGCGGAGGCGGCGCUAGCAGCGGCGCGGGGCCGGCGUGGCGCAGCGGAGCUUAUAAACAGUGAGGGUACCGUCGUGCGGUUCCCUGUCCGUGGCCGCGCCGACCUGGUGGAUAUCCCGUCGCGCGGCCUGCCGGGGACGCUGCAUGCAUCGACGCCGGAGGGGGUGAAUCCUGCAGACUUCGACCUCGCCGUCCUGGGAAUGCAAGAGUCGCAGUACGGCGAGGACGGCGUCAAGCAGCUGAUGGCCAGGAUCGGCGCGUCGGGCGUCCCCUGCCUAGCAAUCAUGAACAUGCCGCCGCUCGCGUACCUGCGUCGCAUCCCGGGCCUCGACGCCGACGCACUCAAGGGCUGCUACACCGACUCCUCAGUCUGGGACGCCUUUGACCCGGUCAACGUGACACUGGCUAGCCCCGACCCCCAGGCCUUCCGGCCCCCAGAUCAGGGCAAGAACGUGCUGCAGGUCGGGCUGCCGACAAACUUCAAGGCGGCGCGCUUCGCCGGCGACGCGCCGACGGCGCUGCUGCGGCGGCUCGAGGCCGAGAUCGAGGCGGCGCGGUUUGAGGUCGGCGGCGAGCCCCUCGAGAUUCCCACGAAGCUCAAGGUGUUUGACUCGCUGUUUGUGCCGCUGGCCAAGUGGCCGAUGCUGCUGACGGGCAACUACCGGUGCGUCACGGCCGACGGCAUGGUCCCCAUAGUGGAGGCCGUGCACGGCGACGCGGCGCUGUCGCGCUCCAUCUACGAGUGGGUGGUGGACGUCUGCGUGAAGCUUGGCGCCGACCGGGCCGACCUGGUGCCCUUUGAGAAGUAUGCGGCGGCCGCCGAGGGCCUGAAGAAGCCGUCGUCCGCCGCGCGGUCCGCGUUUGGCGGCGCGGUCAGCAUAGAGCGCGUGGACAAGCUCGUGGCGGCGAUCGCGGGGCAGCUGGGGCUGGAGAACGCGCACGUGGCGGAGGUGGUGCGGCUGGUGGACGCGCGGCUGGCCGGCAACCGGGCGGCAGCGGCGGCGGCGGCGGCGGUCAAGGAGGCGCCGGUCGCAGCGUCGUGA